AUGGCGAUGAGGGAAUCCAAAGAUCUCAACAAGCUUGAGCUGCAUGAUCUGUUCGCCGAUCUGAAAGCCUAUGAGUUUGAAAUAAACUCAAGGAAUGAAGAGAAUCCAUCCAAAUUCGUCACAACAAAAGUGCUGGUGACUACUAAAGAGCCAUCUACCUCGGCAUCUGCGAAGUCUGUUGAGCAGAUCUGCGACGACGCUAUGUCACUAUUUGUCAAGAAGUUUGACAAUUUCAUGAGGAAGAAUCAUUCUAACUUUAAUUCUAAUAGAAAUAACUUAAAGAAUGAAUCCAAGGCUAACUUAAAAUGCUUUAAUUGUGACAAACUAGGUCAUUUCAAGGCCGACUGCAGAAAGCCCAAGAGGGACGACAAGAAGUCAUUUGAUACGAAGAAUAGGAAAGAUCAGAAAGCUCUGUUAGCUGAAGAAAGCAAGAGCAAGUGGAUUGACAGCGACUCUGAUGAAAGCUCCUCAUGUGAUAGUGAGGACGAAGGUGUCAAAUGUUUCAUGGCUAACGACAAUGAGACUAUGCAGGUUGCAAAAUUGAUUGGAAAAGCACUAAUGGAACGUGUCAGUUCUUUGGUAAAAGAUUUUGGCAUUCAGGCAGACGAGUCUCCUAUCUUCCGUGACAACAUCAACGCUAUUACGAUCACUUCUAAUACGGCGAAUGCAGCAUCUGGAACUGCGGUGGAGGACGAUUGUAAGAUCAAAUUCGGGGAAUUGAAGGCGAAGAGAAUCUACCGAUUCAUAGUUUUCAAGAUUGAAGGUCAAACCGUUGUGGUUGAAAAGUUGGGCGGCCCUAAAGAAGACUAUGACAAUUUCACUGCCUCGCUGCCUACCGAUGAAUGUCGCUAUGCUGUCUUUGAUUUUGACUACACCACGGAUGAAAAUGUCCAGAAGAGCAAGAUCAUCUUCGUUGCUUGGUCUCCAGAAUCGUCUAAAGUGAGGAUGAAAAUGGUGUACGCUAGCUCCAAGGAUAGGUUCAAGAGGGAACUUGAUGGCAUUCAAGUCGAGUUACAAGCAACUGACCCAAGCGAAAUGAGCUUCGACAUUAUUAAAGGUCGUGCCCUCUAA